AUGUCGAGCAUCAAGAAAGUCUUCCACCGCGCCCGUGAAUCCAUAUCCUCAAAGAGCUCUAUCCGUGCCAAGUCCCCCGACCCCAGCCCAACAGCCAACGGUCAUGCACAUCCUCUCCUCAACGGCAACGGAAAAGCAAACGGUGCGCCCAUGGCCCCAGAGGUCGAUGACACCAAUGCAGAAGGUAAGACAGCCGCGCAACGUCAACAAGAAGAACAGUCGCAGACUCCCGAAACACAUGGGUUUUACCGCCCUUCAUCGGACGGGAGCAGAAGACUGUCCUUCACCGAGGAGAAGGUCAACCGAGCGCAGGAACGCGAGAAGCACGACGAGCAGGAGGAGAACGAGCGCAAGGAACGCAGAAUACGCUUGCAUGAUCAGGACCCGUUGCGCGACAACUACGGCGACCUCCCGCUGAACAUGUCGCAGGUCGAGCUCCCUCCCGACCUGAACUCGCUCAUUUCCGUCGUCGACACGCCGGAAGGCGAGCACGUCAAAUUCCGCGCACGCAUACACCACAUCCGGCCGCUCGGCUCCAAGAUCGUUUUCCUCAUCUUUCGGUCGCAACUCACGACUCUCCAAGGCGUGCUCAUCGAGGAGGAAGGAAAAACAUCGCAGAACAUGGUCCGGUGGGCGGAGGGCCUGAACCGCGAGUCCAUCGUCGUCGUCGAAGGCGUGGUACAGAAGCCGAAGGACGGCCAGGAAGAGGUGCACUCGACGAGGGUACACAAUCACGAAGUCAAGGUUGAAAAGCUGUUCGUGGUGCUGGGCCCGGCUGCGACUUUGCCGUUUCAGGUAGAGGACGCCGCGCGGCCAGAGGAGUACUACCAAAGGGAAGGUGCUCAUUUCCCGCGCGUGAACCAGAAGACGCGCCUUGCCAAUCGAGUCCUUGACCUCCGCUCCCCCGUCAACCAGGCCAUCUUCCGCGUCCGCUCAGGCGUCUGCACGCUCUUCCGGGAAUACCUCCUCGCGCGCAAGUUCAUCGAGAUCCAAUCGAGCAAGUUCCAGGAGAGCGGGACGGAGUCGGGCGCGGCGGUGUUCAAGGUGGACUACUUCAGGCGGCCGGCGUUCCUCGCGCAGAGCCCGCAGCUCGCGAAGCAGAUAUGCAUCGCGGCGGACAUGGAGCGCGUGUUCGAGAUCGGGCCCGUGUUCCGCGCGGAGAACUCGAACACGCACCGGCACCUGACCGAGUUCACGGGCUUGGAUUUGGAGAUGCAGUUUGAUAACCAUUAUCAUGAGGUGCUGGAUAUGCUGGAUGGGAUGUUCAAGUUCAUCUUUCGGGGCUUGCAGGAGAGGUUGCGCGACGAGAUUGAGACGGUGAAGACGCAGUUCCCGCACGACGACCUGGUUAUCCUUGACGAGACGCCGCGGAUACGGUUUGCGGAUGGGAUAAAGAUGUUGAGGGAGGCUGGGUACAAGGAUGACGACGGCGAGGAGCCGAGCGAGUAUGAGGACCUCAGCACGAACGCGGAGCGCUACUUGGGCCAGCUCGUGAAGGAGAAGUACGGCGCGGAUUACUACAUCCUCGACAAGUUCCCGCUUGAGGUCCGGCCGUUCUAUACGAUGCCGGACCCGGAGAACGACCAAUUGUCGAACUCGUUUGAUAUCUUCUUGCGUGGGGAGGAGAUCCUGUCUGGUGGUCAGCGCGUACAUGUAGCACCGAUGCUGGAGGAGCGCAUGAGGGCUGCGGGUGUUGACCCGGACCAGUUGAAGGACUACGUGAACGGCUUCAGGUGGGGGUGCCCUCCGCAUGGCGGAGGAGGAGUUGGUCUUGAGCGCGUAGUGAUGCUGUUCCUCAAGCUGGGCGACAUCCGGUACGCGAGUCUACUUCCGCGAGACCCACGCAGUUUCGCGAGGACCGGUCAGGACCUGGCAGAGAUGUCGAUGGCGGCGGCGACGCAUCAGAUCAUGCAUGGACCGGAAGCAUCGACAUACCAGGAGGGCAUUCCGCACGGGGAUUUGCCCCCGCUUGAAGAUCUCGUCGCGAAGUACGGAGACUCGACGAACACGUCCUGGAUAGACCCGUCGUGGACAGUCUGGAGGGAUGUUCGGACCGGCGCGGCGGUGGGUUACAUCCCGCAGAACGGCUUUGCGGCCACGUUCGGGGCCCCGCUUUGCGAGCAGAAGCAGGUGCCUGGCGUCAUCGACCGAUACCUCAAGUUCGUGCGUGGCGAGGGCCUCAAGCCGGUGUGGUGCUGCAUCGACCACGACGUGGAGCGGAUACUCGCGGAGGAUCUCGGGUGGAGCGCGAUCAUUGCUGUCGCGGAGGAGAGGCUGAACCCGACGGAGGUCGACCCGGCGAACAACGACAAGACUGUGCGGAGGAAGAUACAUAGGGCGGAGCGGGAGGGCGUGAAGGUCGUGGACGUGGACGGUGAGCCGGACGGGAGGGUGCGGGAGAUGCUGGACAAGAGGUGUAAGGAGUGGGAGGAGUCGCGGAAGGGCACGCAGAUCCACCUCACGGGCGUGCGGCCGUGGGACGAUAUGAAGCACAGGAAGUACUUCUAUGCGCUGGACAAGGAGGGGAACGCCUGCGCUAUGGUGGUCCUUGCCCAGCUCGCGACGACACAUGGGUUCCAGGUCAAGUGGGCACUCGAGUUCCCUGGUGCGCCCUUGGGCGCGAUUGAGUAUAUUCUCUCGCACGUCAUCAAGAAGCUCGGUGAUGCCGGGGUGACUACCGCGACGUUCGGCGCUGGCGCGACGGACCGGCUGCAGCGCGUAGAGAACGUCGGUGGCCUGCGGGUCCGGACGCUAGAGAAGACGUACAACGGCUUGAACUCGACGUUCAGCCUCGGCGGGAAGGGCGACUUCAGGCAGAAGUUUGGAGUGCAGCAGGAACCGGUGGGUGCUUGUCGUUAUGUGUGA